AUGGCCGGCAAACGAUUGGCGCUUCCGGCUUUUCUAAUUGUGGCUCUCGUAGUCGCGUUUUUCACACUCAACAAAAACGGCGCUUCAAAAUAUGUGACCAUCGAAGACCCAGACGACAGCCUGGAUCUAUUGCAGUCCUCAUGGCAGCCUCCUCACAUUCGAUCCCUCGACGUCAACAUGUCAGACCCGUCCUCCAUCCCGGACAUACCCACAAACAUCACGAUGAAGCGCACGCCCAGAUUCGCCAUCUCCUCCAGCGUCAUGACCGCCCGCUUCACGCAGUACGCCAUGAUGCUCGGCUACACGCUGCAGAAACACAACGACCUCGAUGCGCUCGACGCUGAGCUCAUCCUGCUCGUGCGGACAGAGGGGAAGGACGCGGUCACGCCGCAGAAUAUUACGAGACUUGAACGGGUAGGAUGGAAGAUUAUGGUUGAGAAGGAUUUGGAGUUCGAGGGCGUCGAUAAGGAUAGAAUCCGACCGUAUCAUCGUUAUAACCUCAACAAACUAUACCUCUGGUCAUACACCCAUUACGAGAGAAUAGUUUUCAUUGACGCCGAUACUCUCUGCAAAGGAUCUAUUGCCGAGCUUUUAGAUCAACCUGGAGAAAUCGCGGGCACUCCCGACACCUGGUGGGACAUCCUCACCGACACGCGCUUCAACUCUGGCGUAAUCACCUUCCGCCCAUCGAUAGAAGAGUUCAACAACAUGGUUGUUGCGGUGUCGGAUCCCAACAUGCACAAGCCCAACGACGCCGACCAAGCGUUUCUGAACGCGUACUUUCGCUUCAGGUUCCACGCGCUGCCGUACAAGUAUAACUUCAACCUGAUUAUGUAUCAGCACCAUCGCCGGACAUGGGACGCGCUCUGGCCUGAGGCGGUUAUUGUUCAUUUCACGACGAAGAAGCCGAUGCCGUCGGGGCACUGCAGAAAGGGCUGCAAUGAGUGGGAACCUUCGGAAUGGUACUCGAUGCUUUGCAAGGAGAUGCUGGAGUUUUACAACUAUACCAACGAGCUACCUCUUCUUGGUUAA